CAACAUCAACAUUAAGUUGAACUAAAAAUUGUUCUAUAACUUGAUACUUUUUUCAUUAAAUGUACACAAACUGAAAUAAAUGAACUAUUCUUAAAUAGCAAAUUCCAAUUGUAUUGAACUGUGUACUAUUUGAUGUAAUCAUGGACGCUGACAAUUUAACCAAACAAAUUGAAGAAGUAGAGGCUUUAUGUUCUAUUUACGGAGAAGAUUGGACAACAGAAAGUGAAGCAACUAGGUCGUAUAAUAUAAAAAUAAAAGAAAAUGACCAUGAAGUUAUUUUGUAUGUAACAAUGCCUUCCGAAUACCCUGCACAAGCUCCACCUAAAUAUGAAUUAUCAGCUCCUUGGAUGGAUAGGAAAGAAAAAGAAAAACUACACCAAAGCCUUGAUGAAGUAUAUUUAGAAAAUGUUGGUGAGACAGUUAUUUACCAAUGGGUAGAAAAAAUAAGAGAAAAGCUACUACAAAUAAAACCUAAAGAAAAUAAAAAAAUAACCAACAAUAUACAUGUUGAAGAGUUAUUGGAUUUGACUGAGAUGGUAAUAAAUUGUCCUGAAAUAACACAUGGCGAAGUCAUUGUUGAUAGAAAGAGUUCAUUUCAAGGUCAUGCAGCUGAAGUACACUCCAUUGACGAUAUCAAUGCAGUACUGGCCAAGUUGAAACAAAAUAAGAAGAUAUUGAAUGCUACACACAAUAUGUAUGCAUACCGCAUUGAACGGAGUACUGAAAAAGGUGUGUCUAUAUUACAAGACUGCGACGACGACGGCGAGGCUCAUGCUGGUGGUAGAAUGUUGCAUUUGCUACAGAUAUUAGAUCAGAAGAACACAUUAGUUGUGGUUUCCAGAUGGUAUGGUGGCAUACAACUUGGUCCGGAUAGAUUCCGUCAUAUUAAUAAUGCCACAAGGCAGGUCAUUCAACAAGCAGGUCUACUCAAAAAAUGACACCAACUUAUGUCAUGAUUGUUAUAAGGAAAGAUUUAAUUUUAAAGGAGGACUAUUUAAAAGGAAAAAAUAUGCUUGAAGCUUUUGAAAUCAGCCAUGUUGCUGCGGUUAGUUGCUAUGGCAACUGCUUAUUAUGGCUGAAUAUGUAUGUAUGUGUAUUUAUUGUACAUAGUAAUGUUAAAAUUGUGAUCUUACUGUAAAUGAAUCUUGACUGAAAUAAUGUACUUUAUUUAUUUCAAAUUUUAUACCAGCAAUUGAAAAUAUAACA